AUCCAAAUCACUCCCUGUCACCACCCUCCAUCUCCAAUAUUGUCGCAUUCUCUCUCUCUCUCUCUCUCUCUCUCUCUUCUUCCUCUGCUUUAUCUGUUCCUUCAUCUUCCACACCAUCACUACCUUCCUCAAUCAAAAUCAAACCUUGUUGAAGACCCAUUUUUCUUCUGAGGAUCAUCGUUGUUGUGGAAGAACCUGCAGGUCAAAGCCUCAGUGAUGAGCGGGUUUCAGGAGAGGUUCUUGUCUCUGUACAAGAGCAGAUGGCUGGUGUUUGUGGCUGCAAUGUGGUUGCAAUCAUGGGCAGGUAUUGGGUACUUGUUUGGAAGCAUCUCACCAGUAAUCAAAAGCUCCCUCAACUACAAUCAGAAGCAGGUUGCCAUGUUGGGUGUUGCCAAGGAUCUUGGUGACUGUGUUGGAUUCCUCACUGGGAUCUUGUGUGAGAUUUUGCCUAUUUGGGGUGCUCUUCUUGUUGGUGCUGCUUUGAACCUUGUUGGGUAUGGUGUGGUUGGGUUGGUUGUCAUUGGUCAACUUCCAGUUCUCCCUUUAUGGGCUAUGUGCGUUCUUAUAUUUGUGGGAACAAAUGGUGAAACCUACUUUAACACAGUUUCUCUGGUGUCUUGUGUGCAAAAUUUCCCCAAAAGCCGGGGACCUGUGGUCGGAAUUCUGAAGGGCUUUGCUGGGUUGAGUGGUGCAAUAUUGACACAAAUAUAUGCAGUUAUCCAUUCCCCAAAUCACGCAUCUUUGAUAUUUAUGGUUGCUGUAGGUCCAUCAUUGGUAGCAGUAGGUCUAAUGUUCAUUGUUAGACCUGUGGGAGGUCACAAACAAGUGCGGCCUUCAGACGGCAGAAACUUCACACUUGUUUAUGGCGUGUGCCUCCUGUUGGCUGCUUAUUUGAUGGGAGUCAUGGUUGUCCAAGAUCUAGUUGAUCUGAGCGAAGCUGUUAUCACAAUUUUUACAGUGAUCCUCAUCGUGAUCCUCCUCGUCCCAAUUGUGAUUCCUAUCUCAUUGAGUUUCGGCCCGGAACAAAAACCUCCAGAGGAAGAGGCACUUCUUCCAGGACCACAGACUAAUGAACCAGGAAAAUCUCAACUUGAUACUGAUGAAGUAAUAUUAAGUGAGAUGGAAGAUGAGAAGCCUAAGGAGGUGGACAUGCUUCCUGCACCAGAAAGGCAAAAGCGUAUAGCCCAAUUACAAUCAAGGCUACUCCAAGCUGCCGCAGAAGGAGCUGUGAGGGUUAAGAGGAGAAGAGGACCACACAGAGGGGAGGACUUUACCUUGACACAAGCUUUGAUUAAAGCAGACUUUUGGCUUCUUUUCAUGUCCAUGGUCUUGGGUUCUGGAUCCGGGUUGACCGUAAUUGACAAUCUCGGUCAGAUGAGCCAGUCUCUAGGAUAUGACAAUUCACAUAUAUUCGUCUCCUUGAUCAGUAUUUGGAACUUUCUUGGCCGCGUUGGAGGGGGUUACAUAUCUGAGAUUAUUGUGAGGGAUCAUGCCUACCCGAGACCAGCUGCAUUGGCUGUAUUUCAACUUAUUAUGGCAGUUGGGCAUCUGUUCAUUGGUAUGGGAUGGCCAGGGUCAAUGUAUGUCGGCACUUUACUAGUUGGACUCGGUUACGGUGCUCACUGGGCAGUUGUUCCAGCUACUGCAUCCGAGCUGUUUGGUUUGAGAAACUUUGGUGCAUUGUACAAUUUCAUUACUUUGGCAAACCCUGUAGGAACUCUUGUCUUCUCUAGUCUAAUAGCCAGUAGAAUCUAUGAUUAUGAAGCAGAGAAACAAGCUCAUGGUGGCCAUCUCCAUAAUAUAGGAUCACUUGUGUCGAAUGUGCUUAAUGCCGGUGGGUCACUAAAGUGUGAAGGUUACAUAUGCUUUUUCUUGACUUCCAUUAUCAUGGCAGGGUUUUGCAUAGUUGCAGCAGGGUCAUGCAUGUUUCUUGUAUUCCGAACUAGAGUUGUUUAUGCCAACCUAUAUGGAAAAUCUUCUACUACUAGGGUUCAAUAAUCAAGAGUUUGUGGACUAAAGUAGGUGGUUUGAGUUAUUGAAAGAUUGAAGAUGCAGAGCCAAGCACAUGAAGCAGUCUUGAGUGUGGAAAACAAAUCAAAAAGAAAAAAAUGAAGGCUCUGUUUUGUUAGAUAUAGCUGCUACCACGUUGUUGUGUAUUCCUUUUCCAAUAUUUGUGUUAUAUUCUUCCUUUUGCAAAGAAACAUUUGAUUGGGGAAAAAAACUCACCUUACAGGAUGAGUGAAAUCACCCCUUAUUGUUUUUGUUACUAAGGAAAUUAAAUUUUGUUGUUA